CUAGUGGAUCCUGCAUUCUUCCGAGGCUGGAACCCCACAGCCCCUCACCUGCUGAUGGAGUUUUCAAGUCCUCCCAGAGGAGAAUGUUCCCGGCCUCUGGACAGGGCGGGUGUCAGGGCUGCCCGCCUCACGGGACUGCUGUUCCUUCAGGUGAUAUCGUGGGCAUCAGCCCUGGCCUCCGCUUGUGCUCCCUCCCACCCAGGUGCCCGGCCCUGCAGCCCUAAAAGCUUCGGCUACAGCUCGGUGGUGUGUGUCUGCAACGCCACGUACUGUGACUCUCUUGACCCCCUGACCCUGCCGGCCCCGGGCACCUUCAGCCGCUACGAGAGCACGCGCAGUGGACGCCGGAUGGAGCGGAGUCUGGGGACCAUCCAGGCCAACCGCACGGGCACAGGGCUCCUGCUGACCCUGCAGCCAGACCAGAAGUUCCAGAAGGUGAAGGGGUUUGGAGGGGCCAUGACAGAUGCUGCUGCCCUCAACAUCCUCGCCCUGUCCCCCGAUGCCCGGAACUUGCUGCUCAAAUCUUAUUUCUCUGAAGAAGGCAUCGAGUACAACAUCAUCAGGGUCCCCAUGGCCAGCUGUGACUUCUCCGUCCGCACCUACACGUACGAUGACACCCCUGAUGACUUCCAGUUACGAGACUUCAGCCUCCCCGAGGAGGACCUCAAGCUGAAGAUACCCCUGAUUCACCAAGCUCUGGCGCUGGCCCAGCGCCCCGUGUCACUGUUUGCCAGUCCCUGGACAUCACCCACGUGGCUGAAGACCAAUGGGGCCAUGAAUGGGAAGGGGUCGCUCAAGGGUCAGCCUGGGGAUAUCUACCACCAGACCUGGGCCAGAUACUUUGUGAAGUUCCUGGAUGUCUAUGCAGAGCACAAGCUACACUUCUGGGCAGUGACGGCAGAAAACGAGCCUUCGGCAGGGCUGCUCAGUGGGUACCCCUUCCAGUGCCUGGGUUUCACGCCUGAGCACCAGCGAGACUUCAUUGCCCGGGACCUGGGUCCCGCCCUUGCCAACAGUACGCACCGCGACACCCGUCUGCUCAUUCUGGAUGACCAGCGCUUGCUCCUGCCGCACUGGGCCCAGGUGGUGCUGGCAGACCCAGAGGCAGCUAAGUACGUGCACGGUGUGGCCGUGCACUGGUACCUGGACUUCCUGGCCCCAGCCAAGGCCACCCUGGGGGAGACACACCGCCUCUUCCCCGACAUCAUGCUUUUCGCCUCGGAGGCCUGUGUGGGCUCCAAGUUCUGGGAGCAGAGUGUGCGCCUGGGCUCUUGGGACCGGGGAGUACAAUACAGUCACAGCAUCAUCACGAACCUCCUGUACCACGUGGCCGGCUGGACCGACUGGAACCUGGCCCUGAACCCAGAAGGGGGGCCCAACUGGGUGCGCAACUUUGUGGACAGUCCCAUCAUCGUCGACAUCGCCAAGGACACGUUUUACAAACAGCCCAUGUUCUAUCAUCUCGGGCACUUUAGCAAGUUCAUUCCCGAGGGCUCCCGGAGAGUGGGGCUGCUGGCCAGCCAGAAGAACAGCCUGGAUGUAGUGGCGCUGACCCGUCCCGAUGGCUCUGCGGUUGUGGUGGUGCUGAACCGCUCCCCGAAGGAUGUGCCUCUCACCAUCGAGGACCCUGGCGUGGGCUUCGUGGAGACGCUGUCCCCGGGCCACUCCAUCCACACCUACCUGUGGAGCCGCCCAUGACGGAGCCUGGGUGUGGGCAUUAAAGGGGUACAGCCAGCUCA